CUCGCCAUGGUUUGCCGGCCACUGCAGUGUCUCUUCUGGGGCUGCUUGGUGACCGCAAUCCACCCAGAACCAUCCACUGUAUGCAAAGAAAACCAAUACUUACAAAACAACCUGUGUUGUAACCUGUGCCAGCCAGGACAGAAACUGGUGAAGGAUUGCACAGAGACUGCUCAGACAGAAUGCAUUUCUUGCAGUGAAGCCGAAUUCCAAGAUGCCUUUAACAAAGAAACACGCUGUCACCAGCACAGAUACUGUGACCCCAACCUAGGGCUGCAGAUUCGCACGCCGGGCACCUUGCAGACAGACACCACUUGCAAGUGUGAAGAAGGCCAGCACUGUGUCGGCCAUGAUUGCGACAACUGCUUCUCACAUAGUCCAUGCCUCCCAGGCUAUGGUGUCCAGCGGAUGGCUACAGAGGUUUCUGACACCGUCUGUGAGCCCUGCCCUGUCGGCUUCUUCUCCAACGUGUCCUCUGCUUUGGAAAAGUGUAACCCUUGGACAAGUUGUGAAGCCAAAGGCAUGGCGGAGCUACAGGCUGGGACUACCGAGGCAGAUGCUGUCUGUGGUCUCCAGAACCGGAUGAGAGUCCUGCUGGUGCUCCCCAUCAUCAUGGGCACCGUGCUGGUCGUCCUGCUGGUGUCUGCCUGUAUCAAAAAGGUGGCUAAGAAGCCAGAGGAGGAGGUGAUCCACUUCAAGACUAAAAGCUGUCCCGUGGAGAUAGAAGAUUCAUCUCCUGUUCAGGAGACCUUACAUGGGUGCCAGCCCGUCACGCAGGAGGAUGGCAAAGAAAGCCGCAUCUCGGUGCAGGAGAGACUGUAAGGUGGCAGGUGCCCUGCAGUGGGCAGGUGGGCACGUGGGCACGUGCCUGGAGAGCUUGGAGUUGCA